UGCUCAGUCGUAUUUGCCCUCGUUUGACCAAUACCUAGAUCACUCCCCUGGCCUCUCUUCCUCUCUCUUUCCUGAAAACCCCAUAUUAUGCAUCAUAUAUAUACACACGCAUAGACCCACACAGCUAUUACAAAAUCAUUGUUCAUAUUAGAUAUACAACAUAGAUAUCCAGUGAAGAAGAAUCACAAGUUUUUAGAGAGAGAGAGAGGGAGAGUGAAAGAAAGAAGAUUUGGUGUGUGAAAAAUGGAACAACAAAAGGCUGCAUCAAAGCCAAAGAGCAAAAUCUUGAAGUUUCUUCCAAGAGCGUCAUCAUCUGUUUCGUUUCAAAACCCUCCACUUUAUAGUCCCAAUAAAGAUAAGAGAUCAUCGGAAAAAACCCACAAAUCCAAUCUUGGAAUUGGCUUCUCCGGUCCCAUGGUUUCCAUAAUUCCGUCGGACAAUCGCCGGAAAAUCAAGAACGACUCAACUUUCACACUUGUAUAUGAACCCACUUCUCCAAGAGUCUCGUGUAUGGGUCAAGUCAAGUGUAAACAUUACAGGAACAAAUUCGCCGGCGCCGAUGGUGUCACAAACAAAGUCAAACCACCCGCAAACCCCACCAAAAAAGUUUCAAAAACGAUGUCUUUCAACGUCUUAAGAACCCACCACAAAGAACAAGAUCAAGAAAAGAUGGACAAAGUCGAUCCAGUUGUUAAGAGUAAGAAAAAGUUAGGAAUCCGGAGUUUAUUCCGCGGCGGAGCUAGCAACAACGGGAGAAAGUCCGACGCAACCAACAACAACUCCUCCUCCAAGACGGCGUGUAAUCUUCCAAGGGCUCCAAGUAUGAGCACGAUGAAGAGAUUCUCAAGUGGAAGAGACGCUUUCAAGAAUUUCGAUUGGACAACACAAGUUGCACCGUUGAAUAGCGGUCACCGGAAUUAUUUCACCGAUGACGAUAAAGAUGGUGGAAGCGAUGGUGAAGAAGAUGAAAAGAUCUUGAUUCCUUCAUCUGCACCAGUAAUUGUUAGAAACAAAGGGAUUUCUGAUGAUUUCGUUAGGAGUGGAGUCAUAAACUUAGAGCCAAGAAAAGAGAUCAAUUUGUGGAAGAGACGAACUAUGCCUCAACCUCCGCCUCUACAGCUGCAUGUUGCUUAGUUUAAUUUUCUUUUUAGUUCUGCCAUUUUUAGGGUUACGUUUUUCUCCUCAAUUUCUCUUGAAUUUUUGAUGACUAAAAUCUGUGAAAAUGUUAAGAAAUAUUUAGUCAUUUUGUAUCAAUUUUAGAUGAAGAAGAUGAAUAUUUUGUCUA